CGACAGCACAGCGCAUGCAUACUUUUGCAGGUUCAUUUCACAUGCCGCAUGUAGGAAGAUGCUAUGAUUUACAGAUCUGAGCAGCACAUUCAGAUGACAUAGCAAAAUCUCCUUUCUACGCCGCCCCACGAUGCCGGCCGACCGUCUCCUCAACCAAGUCCUCGCCGACUACCAGUCCAUUCGCGAUGAGCGCCAUACCGACCGUCUCUUCGGCACGACCCUCACCCUCCUCACCGAGCUGACCAACCCUCUCAACCUGACCCUCCUGACAUCCCAGUUCCUCACCGCGCCCGCGAUAUGGCACCAUCCUCCCUCUCCGCACGCCGACCCCCUCCGCGAGACCUGCCUGCGCGUGCUCUCCGUGUUCAACACGGCCGCGAUCCACGUGCGGCACAACGAGCUCGAUAACGCGGAUAAGCGCACUGCACUAGGGUUCGGCAUCACGUCGAGCCCGCCUGUGGGCGGCGGGCUGACCAGCGAGGCGUGGGCCAGAGCGGUGGUCAAGGGUGCAGAUGAGAGGAGCAGCCGGUGGCAGCACCUGCUGGUACUGGUGGGGAUACUGAUGGGCUUCGAGGGGAACGACAGGCGGAGCUUGUCGGGAUCUAUGAGGAGGACUCUUGAAGGUGCUGUUGUCACCGCCGCGAAUCUUUCCCUGCGGAGUUUGGACAGAGAACCGCCUGUCGCGAGACCAGCGGUUGUGUUGGCUCUGAAUUGGGCCUUCCCGUUGAUGUCAGAACAGGCCAGGUUGGAUGUCGAUUGCGAUGCGCUUCUGCCUGUGGCUCUCCAAGCUCUGGUCGGAAGAGACGGGUUUCAAGGAGGAAUGUUUCUUGGGGUGAUUGGAACAGAUAUCAGGCAGAUUGGCUCAAGGCUCGAGUGGCCUGAGACGUCUGGCUCGUUCAUGGCGUUACAAAGGCUCACGUCGAAGCCCCUGGUGGAGACAGCCGGUCCUUUGUCCCAAUUGAUUGCGUUUGCUGUCGAGAAAGCGAGGGACCAUCGCCUGGUCUUACAGGCCCAGGACGACCUCGUGAGCUUCACUGCGACGUUACUCGACCAGUGGCGACACACGAGACUCGCCGAGAUCGAGGCCUCUGACGAGGAGGCGUUGUGUCUCAUGGAGGCCACUUUUCAAGUUCCCUGGCCGGCUAUAUGGCGAUUUCUCACAAACAUCCUCUUCGCAGCCGUGGCCAUCUUGCGAGGCGUGACAGCCAGGGGUCUUCUGGACCCUCACCUGAGACACGAUGCCAUGGCUCCUGUCGUGGCAGCAAAGACGCUGCACAUCUACCGAAACCUCUACUUCAUCUCUUCAAGAGGGAACGACAGCUUCCAGGUGUAUACCUUCUCAUAUCUCACGUCUAUUGACAUUCUUGCGAGGUAUGCGGCUCCCGCGGUCGCCUUCCUGAGGGAGACAGUGCCCAUGAUAAGCACAGGUCCCAUACCGACACAUGCCCUCCAGAGAACGUUGGACCUCUUCUACCUGAACACGGCCGAACACCUCCCUCUCAACAUAUCACCAGAGGCCUGCGAGAGCCUCAUCGUUCAGCCGGCCACAGCAUACCUCUCCCGCACGGCAAUACAGUCACAGCGCAUGACCGAGCUCUUUGAAGCAGCCCAUGCCGCCAUCCUCUCUGUCCUCUCAUGUCCUCAGAACGGGCCCAUCGCCGUCAAGAUGGCCCCGUUUUACGCCGAAGCCCUCCUUGAGUCCUUCCCGUCACACAUCUCCCCCCGUCAGUUUCGACUCGCCUUUAGCACCCUCAUGCAGAUCCUUUCGCCUCCAUUCCCUGUGUCAGGAACGAGGCCAGAACUCGGCGAGACACUAUUAGAAAUGGUCCGGUUUCGCAUCCCAUCCGCCGGCCAGGGGUUGCUAUCACCGGCGACACAUGAUCACAGCCAUGCCGCACCUCAACCAAUGUCUGAACAGGGUGCACUGGUCCUUACACUGAUCGAUGCGCUCCCUUUCCUGCCGCCACCCAUUGUGGAGGAAUGGAUGAACGCCAUCGGUAGGGCACUACAUGAGAUCUCGGAUCCAUCCAUGCGAGAGGCUGCCAAACAUAGAUUCUGGGAGAUAUUGGGAAACGGGGAGAUGGAUGUGGAGAGGGCUGCCAUCAGCGUGGCUUGGUGGGGCACUAAGGGCGGUCGGGAGCUGGUGCUCUUCGGCCCUGAAGAAAGGAGAACGGCGCAGCAGGAUAUGUUCAUGAUGAGCGGCGCCCUUGGUGACGGGGGCGGCUCGAGCAAGUUGUGAGACGCGCAAGAGCAUCUCCAACGGGGGCUAGUAAUCUACCUCCUUCUCACGGAAUAACGAGAAGCGGGAAUAUCAAAUCUUGGCUGCUGUACGACGGCCAAGCCAUUCGUGUCGCUCUGAUUUGCCCGGUACCGACAACCUUUGCUUUUUUGGUGCGAACCACGCCAAUGAGACACAUUCCGCCGCAGGCCAUGCUUUGAUUCGUGCCCCAAGCUCGAAUGACGUGUGUGGCCUAAUACCAGAGCCAGGUUUCAGCAAAACCCCCCUAAGAAGCUCAUCGUCGUUCCUUUAAUCUCGAAGGCGCCAUUGACGAAAUCGUGGCGAGACGCGGGCACGCGGGGUACAAUGGGCAACGUCUUGAAAAGUGGCCGUAAUGCCAAAAGGCACCACCAGCGCCAACGGCCGAGCUAGCGCCCCCAAACCACUAUUGGAGGCUGCUGACAGCACUAAAAGCAGCACUGCAACACUACUAUGAACAAACUACAUUCGGCAGCACCUGGAAAACUUGGCAAGGGAGAGCUUAGCAGGAAAGAGAGAGGCGUGAGCAGGGGUAGCCUAGCACGUGCUCACCCUAAGCCGUCAUGGAACAUGUGCAAAAGCUGGCCAAGGCUGGCCCAGAACAUCAAUCAAUGCUCUACACUGGCGGCAGCUAUGCUAUGCAGU